AUGCCGGACGAAGACGUCGACGAUGGCACCGACUGGAUCACGCGCACGCACGACCUGAAGGACGGCGAGGAAGCCAACCUCGUCCUCGGCGCCGGGUUCGAGCGCGAGGAGGUGGAGCUCAUGGAGCUCCCCCCCGAGCUCCUCGCGGUGAUCGAGGAGGGUGGCGAGAUGGCUUUCAAGGGCGCGCCCGACGAGGAGGCGGUGCUGUGCACGAGGGACAAGACGUACGCGGUGAAGCGCGUGGAGACGUCGAACACGCUCCUCCUGCUUCAGCCCCCCGGCGGGUUGGGCGACGACGACGACGACGACGACGACGACGCGGAGGGCGCGGAGGGCGCGGACGGCGAUCGCGGCACGCCCGAGCCGAUCGCGAAGAAGCCACGAAAGUCGGCGCCGUCGCCCAAGCCGAGGGAUCCGCCGGAGACGCCCGCGGAGGCGUGCGCGCUCGCGCUGUCGCAGCAGAAAGACGCCGGCGGCGCGAGCGAUCCGAAUGAUCCGAAGCGCGCGAAGAAGGACAUCACCGCGUUCGCGCAGGCGUCGUCGCACCUCGAGCUCACCCUCAUCGCGCCUCGCCUGGACGCGAUGUGGGCUCGGCUGCAGUCCGAGCCGCACGUGUACGCGGGUCCGGAGCGCGAGCGCGAGCUCGACGACGCGGACGCGGAGGAGGGGGAGGAAGACGUCGCCGCCGCGGAGGCGGAGGAGGAAGGAGACGCAGACGCCGCGAACGAGGACGGCGCGCCGCGGCGAGGCGGAAGAUCGUCGUCGUCGUCGAACCGCGGGUUCGACCUCGAGGAUCUCGUCGAGAACGCGCAGGCGAGCGAGAUGGAGAUCAUCGCCGCGCUCGACGAAGGCCCCGCGUUCGUCCUCGACGGCAAGUGGCGCGGCAUAGAGCCGUCGUACCUCGCCCACGUCAUGGACGUCGCGAUCGUCAACGCGCAGGUGGAAGGGUGGCCGCUGACGAAGAUCCCGGAGAAGGACGCGGUCGAGAAGCUCGCCGAGGAUGGCUUCCCGGAGGCGGUGACGCAGCACUUUCUCCGCGCGUACUGCCAUCCCAACUCCGCGGACGCGUCCUGGAGCGUCGACGCGACCAAGGUGUGCGUCGCGAAGGCGAGCGGGCUGCUCGACGAGCCCGUCGCGGCGAGCGGCGGCGGCGGCGGCGGCGGCGGCGGCCCGGGCGGCGGCGGCGUCAACGCCGGGCGGUGGCGGCUGAGGGAUUUCGUCGAGCGAUGGAGGGAAUCCGUCCCGGAGGAACUGCGCGACGUCGUCGACGCGUCGCUCCUGAGAGGCCUCGCGCUCGUGGACAAGACGGCGGGCGUCGACGGCAGCGAAAACGCUUUCGUGCGCCCGUUCCGCGCGGAUCGCUUGCCCAAGACCCCGAAAGAGAGGUUCCACGCGUUGUUUACCCUCAAGCCGCGGUGGACGAUGGACGAGCUCGAGCCGUACGUGGUCGGGACGAGGGAGAUGACAGUGGAGGCGCAGCUGCUGAAGUUCACGCGCGUGUCGCAGCCGACCGCGGACGCGACGCCGGUGUACUCGAAGCGGUGA